UUUAGUCGAACUUCCGUUUCGUUGCAACUACAACGAGCUAUAGAGCUACUGAGUGAAAUAACAUUUUUCUUUUUAUUUUAUCGGCUCGUAUAUCGUUGACCAGGCAAUCAUGUCUAGUCACGACGCCGCAAACAUGAAGCUUCCGCCGAUUCAGUCUACGGCCGGUGCCGUUCCAAUACGGAACGAAAAAGGUGAGCUCUCGAUGGAGAAGGUGAAGGUGAAGAGAUAUGUGUCUGGUAAACGUCCAGACUACGCCCCCAUGGAGUCUUCAGAUGAGGAAGAAGAGGAAUUCAAGUUUGUGAAAAAGGCAGCGGAAGUAGAGCCGGAGGUGGAGCCACAGGAAGAGGACGUCUCAGACCCGCGUCUCAGACGUUUGCUCAACCGCACUUCUGAGGACGUGGAGGAGAGGUUAGCGAGGCAUCGACAGAUUGUUGAGCCUGAAGUCGUCGUUGAGAGCAGCGAAGACUCUGAUGAGGGAACGUGGCAUCCUGAGCGAGAAGAGAGCAGUGAGGAUGAAGAGGAGGAGGAAGAAGUGGAUGACGAGGAAAUUGAACGUAGACGAGCGAUGAUGCGUCAGCGGGCGCUGGAACGGAAGAACGAGGAAAUGGAGGUGAUGGAGGUGGAGGAGGAGGGCAAGUCAGGGGCGGAGUCUGAAUCCGAGUCAGAAUAUGAGGAAUACACAGACAGCGAGGAUGAAGCAGAACCGCGACUCAAACCCGUCUUCAUUCGCAAGAAGGACAGAAUCACUGUUGCUGAGCGAGAAGCUGAGGAGCAGAAGCAGAGAGAACUGGAGGCUGAGGCUAAAAAGCAGGCGGAGGAGCGCCGUCGUUACACUCUGAAAAUCGUUGAGGAGGAGGCUAAGAAGGAGUUUGAAGAGAAUCGGCGGACACUGGCCGCUCUGGAAGCCCUGGAUACAGAUGGGGAAAAUGAGGAGGAGGAGUACGAAGCCUGGAAGGUCAGAGAGCUGAAACGCAUUAAGAGAGACAGAGAAGCCAGAGAAACGAUGGAGAAGGAGAAGUCAGAAAUCGAGAGAUUCCACAGCCUGACAGAGGAGGAGCGCAGGGCCGAGCUCCGAAACAGCGGGAAAGUCGUCACCAACAAAGCCCAAAAAGGCAAAUACAAGUUUCUCCAGAAGUACUACCACAGAGGAGCUUUCUUCAUGGUGAGUCAAGACACAUUUUUUACCUCAGCCAAGAAAGUUAUGUUUUUAGGAGUUUGUGUGUUUGUAUCUGUGUACAGGAUAACUUUAGAAGUUGUGGGCGGAUUUUAAUGACAUUUUUAUCAGAGGUGUCCCU